ACCUUUGUUAUAGUUUUAAGGAUGUUGUCUCAUUCCAUUCCAUAAAUAAUUAAUUCAAGAUUUUGGUUUCAUUCUUUCAACAAGACAACAAUGUCGCUUUUAAGGUCGUUCAGGUACGCUGUUUCUGUUUCAAUUCCUAAUUCUCAUCCUUUUCAUUCAUCAAUUUCAAAACCAUACUCUCAUUCUCCACAACAGUUUAGUCAUGAAUUUGAUGCUGUUUCCUUGUUCAAUCGAAUGCUUCAUAUGAAACCUACCCCUCCCAUGAUUCAGUUUGGCGAGAUUUUAGGUUCCCUUAUGAAGACUAAACAUUACCCCACUGUUGUUUCCCUUUGUCAACAAAUGGAAUCAGGCGGACUUUCUCCAGAUUUUGUAACUCACAACACCCUCAUCAAUUCUUUCUGUCAAUUAGGUCAUCUCACUUUUGCUUUUUCUGUCUUGGCCAAAAUUCUCAAGAGGGGUUAUCAACUAGAUACUAUAACUUUGAAUAUAUUACUCAAGGGUUUUUGUCUCAAAGGUCAAGUUCAUAAAGCACUGAACAUUCAUGAUAAGGUAGUAGCUCAAGGAUUUCAUUUAGACCAAUUUAGUUAUGGGACAUUGAUCAAUGGGUUAUGCAAAGUUGGAAAAACAAAUGCGGCCCUAAAAGUGCUGAGACAAGUUGAUGGGAAACUUGUUCAACCUAAUGUGGUCAUGUACACUACAAUUAUUGAUAGUUUAUGUAAAGAUAAAAAUCUUAUUGAUGCAUUUGAUUUAUACUCUGAAAUGAUUGCCAAAAGAAUUUCUCCCAAUGUUUUCACUUACAAUUCUUUAAUCUAUGAUUUUUGUAUUGUUGGUCAAUUGAAGGAAGCGAUUCGUUUGUUAAAUAGAAUGAAAUUGGAAAACAUUAUCCCAGAUGUGUACAUCUUUAGUACAUUGAUUGAUGCUUUUUGUAAAGAAGGUAAAGUGGAAGAAGCUAAAAUACUUUUGGCUUUGAUGAUGAAAAAAGGCGUUGCACUUGAUGUUGUUAGUUAUAACACUUUAAUGGACGGAUAUUGUCUUGUAAAUAAAAUGAACAAAGCCAUGGAUAUUCUAAACAUUAUGUCUCGAAAAGGAGUGGUUGCUAAUGUUCGGAGCUACAGCAUCAUUAUUAAUGGACUUUGUAAGGUUAAAAUGGUUGAUGAAGCUAUAAAGAUCUUUGAAGAAAUGCAUUGCAAACAAAUUUUUCCUAAUACGGUAACUUACAAUACCCUUAUAGAUGGUUUGUGCAAAUCUGGGAGAAUAUCACAUGCUUUGAAACUUGUCGAUAAGAUGCAUGAUAGAGGUCAACCGCCUGAUAUAGUUACUUACAAUUCUAUAUUGGAUGGUUUAUGCAAAAACCAUCAGGUUGACAAGGCAAUUGAAUUGGUGACGAAAUUUAAAGACCAGGGUAUUCAACCAAAUUUGUACACAUACAGUAUUCUUAUCAAUGAAUUGUGCAAAAGUGGAAGACUAAAGGAUGCACAAAACAUUUUUGAAGAUCUUUUGGUUAAAGGCUACCAUCUAGAUGUCUAUACAUAUAAUGCUAUGAUAAGGGGAUUUUGUAUCAAGGGCUUGUUUGAUGAAGCACUGGCCAUGAUGUCAAAAAUGAAAGAUAAUGGUUGCAUUCCGGAUGCUCUAACUUAUGAAAUGUUGAUUUAUUCUUUGUUGGGAAAAGAUGAAAAUGAUAUGGCAAAGAAACUUCUUCUUGAAAUGAUUGGGAGAGGUCUGUUGUAAGACUGAUACUAGAUGCUUCACCUCUUGGGGAAGAAUGUUUUUGUAUUAGUGUAUCUUUUGGUAAGUGUUUUUAUACUUCACUACCUGAUAGAUUGGUGAGUUCUAACUUGAAGGAAAUCAGUAGAAUAUUAAAUUUAGUGGUGUCUUAUGAGUGUUGUUGGGUUGGGUUUGUACAAAUUGUAUUACACCUCUAGCCAGUACUUUCAACAAUAUCAAAUAUCCUGACAGUACUAUAUGUGAUAAAAUUCCAUUUCAAUAGAGUUUGAAAGAAACAAGAUGAGUUUUAAUAUCUUUAUAAUGUCAUUUCUAUAUUGCAAUGACAAUACUUCAAUUAAUUCAAUGUUCCUUUGAAUUCUUUUCCAUCAAAAUCUCUGCCAUCAAGUAUCAACUGGAAUGGUAAGACACUUUGUAGAUGCUAUAUGUUCUUAGUUGUUUGGUAAUGAAUAGUUUCUCUAUGAAUUACCAUAUCAUUGACCAUUGUCUUGUUCUUAGUUGAUUGGAAUUUGUUGAUUUCUUGACUCUUUAUGUCAAAGACAAUGCAUACAAGAAAGGAUUCAGGUUUAAGAUUUUUACCCACGAAUUUGUGCAAUUGAUUUUUGAGUCUGUUUUAUUUUCUUUAAGUUGAGAAAUGGGAAUUAUUUUUCCUAUCAAUCAUUUUGUAGAACGUUGCCUACUCUAUAUUAGUUUGUGUUAUUUUAUGAUAAUAUUUAGUUGUUGAUGAAGCAUCUGUUGUUUCAAGUCCUGUAUUGGUUUUAAUUUCACUUUCUUCUAAGAAUUAUGCAAUGGCAAAUCUAUUGUUUUUAUUAUAUUAUGAUAUGAAUGCUGAGGAAGAGAAACAAUACGUGGUUGCUCAGAUGUCGAUAGAAACUGAAGAAAAUUUUGUAUGGAAAGUUCAAAGACUCGAUCAGUCUCGAGGAGGAUUAGUAACUUGUUGACAGAUGUAUUGGCUUUUUGAGUGGUUAAUAUGAUCCCAUAAACUGACUUUUAAGCUGACUGAUGCAAGCUGGUUAACUAGUGUAUAAAAGUGAUUCAAUGUUUUAUUAUACUAUAAACAACUGAAAUAAUAGUUUCAGGUGCAAUACUCA